AUGGUUUGCUGCAUGUUACAUAACUUUUUGAUAGCUAAGUCAUCAAGAACAUAUACUCCUCCAGACUGCUUUGACUAUGAUGAUACGGAAGAAGGUGUGACACAUUUUGGAUUGAAUUCACAAGGUUCUAAUAUGUCUAGCUUGCAACGAAGACCAUUUGGAAAUACAGAGAAUGCAGCAAAAGAAAUAAUAAGGAACUAUAUUCGCAAAACCGGAAGGGGAAAAACACCUGUAGAUGUUUUUGAACGAGCUGCUAAUGAGGUUCUUGUAAACAAGAAGUCCCUACGAACAGUAGCUGCUGAUUUUGAGAUAAAUCAUAUGACUUUACAGCGAUUUUGUAAAAAACAGAAACAGAAAGAAGAUGAAGGAUUAGAAGGACCUAUCCAUGUUGGAUAUAGACCAAAUCGUCAGGUACUACCAGAUGAGAUGGAAGCUGACUUGGAAGAAUAUUUGUUGGACCAAGCAAAAUAUUAUUUUGGCUUAUCCACGAAAGAGGUUCGCAGACUGGCCUUUGAAUAUGCUGUAAAAAAUAAUAUAGCUGUUCGCCCCAACUGGAAUGAAAAUAAAAUGGCAUCUGAUGACUGGUUGACAAGUUUUUUUAAACGUCAUCCACGAUUAUCUCUCAGGGUUCCCGAGGCGACUAGCCUUGGUCGAAUUACCAGCUUUAACAAGACAAAUGUUUCUGCAUUUUUUGACUUGCUGGAAGGAGUGGUUGAUCGAUAUAAAUUUGAACCACAAGACAUCUAUAAUGUCGAUGAAAUGGGCAUAACAACUGUGCAGAAGCCAGAUAGAGUCGUUGCUAGAAGGGGAGCUAAGCAGGUUGGUGCUAGCGGCAAUUCAAUCCCUCCGAUGUUCCUGUUUCCGAGAAAAAACUACAGAGAUCAUUUUGUGAACAAUGGCCCUCCUGGCUGUAUUGGAGCCGCCAAGCUAUCGGGGUGGAUGACAGAAAACGAAUUUUGUAUUUUUCUGGAGCAUUUUGCAAAACAUUGUAGGUCAUCUAAAGAAAAACCGGUUUUACUGUUACUCGAUAACCAUGAGUCACAUCUUUCAGUAAAAGGCUUUAACUACUGCAAAGAAAAUGGCAUUGUUAUGAUCUCCACGCCCCCGCAUUGUUCACACAAACUACAACCAUUAGAUCGAUCUGUCUAUGGGCCUCUUAAGAAAUAUAUCAAUACCAGUUACGAUUCCUGGAUGCGCAAUAAUCCUGACAAAACAAUGACAAUUUAUGACGUACCUAAAAUUGUUAAAGAUGCUUUGCCUUUGGCUGCUACCCCGAAGAAUAUCCAGGCUGGAUUUCAAAUAAGUGGAGUUUUCCCUGUUAACAGAAACAUUUUCACAGAGGAUGAGUUUCUUCCUGCAGCUGUUACAGAUCGUCCCAAUCCAAAUAUUAAAAAACAAGUUCCAAACCAAGCCGAAACCCAGCAAGAAGCUCAGUUAACUGAACAAGAAAAAGCUCAAUUAACUGAACGGGAAGAAUCUCAAAUAACCCCUCCAAAUUCGCCGGAUGUGGUAAAUUUACCUUCAGUUUUACGAGAGGUUAACAAAGAAAGAGAUGAUUUUCAAGUCGUGGAUUUCCCUGGACCCUCUGGAAUAAAGUCGUACUUACCUGCACAGGAUUUGCGCCCAAAGCCCAAGGCAGAACCACGAAAAACAAACAGAAAAGUACGAAAACGGGGCCGCGCUGCCAUUUGGACUGAUACACCCAAUAAAGAGGAAAUUGAAAACGCAUACAAAGAAAGACAAAUGAAACAAACUAAGAAAAAGGCAAAGCAAUCAGGCACAAAAACAUUUGUAAACAUUUGUAAAAGCUAUUUCAAAGCAGCCCAUACAUUCUUUGUUCAAGUUGGCUGCACUUCCUCCCACUUCAGAGCAGCUUUCAGGCAGCAUGCAUUUAGAACCUACCACCAAGUGCAGCAGAGGCUGAAUGAGAACAAGAAUCCGCUCGAGUGGGGGUGGAAAAAGAUUGGCGAACACCUGACACCGAUUACAACAGCACGUCCUGCAGCUCUCCAGGAGUUACUUUCUCUCAUAGUGUGCGCUUGCAAAUACGAAUGCGUCCAUAACUGCGAAUGCAGAAAGAGUGGUCUAAACUGCUCAAGCAUGUGCGGUAAUUGCUUAGGCCUAGGAUCUAAUAACAGAGACACGAGCAUAGAAGAAGAUAUAGAAGAGGAAAAAGGUGUUAUGUUUGACGAGGACUGA